GCGGGGAGUGAGGGGCGCCCCUGGGUCUCCCAGCGGGGGCCGGAGUGCCGCCUGCCCUGUCCCGUGUCUACUGGAACAGACCGACUGCCCAGUGAGUCCCCUGCGGCCAGCCACAACUUCCAGGGGUGCGUCAGUAAUGAGCACACUGCAGGGAGAAAGGGGAAGGGGCUUGGAAAUGCUGAGCCGCUGCCCGGGGACUCUGUUCGAACUGUGCUCCCACCGCCUGCUUUCUUCUGGACGUCAACCCCGGGGGCUCAGGGCGGGCGUCCCUUGGUCCCCGGCACAGACUGAGGCGCAGAGAGGGGAGGGACCGUGGCCUUUUUAGUCCACUUGCCUCCUCUCUAUCAGUGCUCGUGGUGUUGUUUGUACGUGUCCUGGCCCCAAAUCCUUGGGCAUGCGUACUUCCUAAAACCCGGACAUGCUCAUACAGAAGCACAGUGCGAGGGUUCCAGAUGACGGCCCCCACCUCCAGCUGGCCCUGCCACCUGUCCCAGGAACGUCCUCCGAGGCGGAGGAAACCCUGGGUGUGCCAAGCGUGCAGUGCCACGGCUCUGGGCAAUGUUUAGAAGGACACAGCUGGUCGUUCUGCAGAAGAGCCCUCCCUCCGUGUGGGCACAGCCGAUGACUGCCCACGGUGGUGGCGGGCAUCUGGGGCAGGACCAACCGCUGAGGGCUGUGUCCCUCAGCGCAGCGCAGCGUGCAGCCUCGGUGGCGAUGUGCCCGCAUGCUGGGGACCUCCACCUUGACCACUCGGCUGAGGGACGUUGAACGUUCCUGCCUACCGAAAGGUUGUUAUUCUUUUGUCACUGCUGCGCGGCCUGUGAGAAGACACCCAGAGACAGUGUCCCUGUCCCCUUCCUCGUGGAAGUCACGCUUCCUGUUGGAAGUCAUCUAUCACCCGUGCCUGGUUCUUGAUGGAAAUAAUAACUGUGGUGAUGGCGACCUGCUCCCCCGCUGUAUUUCUCUUCUUCAUCAAUUGGCUUUCGACUCUGUCGAGGUCUGUCCCCUCUCCUCGCCAUGCCUUCAACUGUGGGCUCAUUGGUCCAGACUUCGUUCUCUGGACUGUGUCACUUGCCAUCCUUGUGCAUUUCGUCACCCAGAUUACCCCAGCUUCGGCUUCUUCACACGUCCCCGCCAUGCUAUGGGUAACUGGAGCUGUGCAGAGACCAAGCACCGGGCCCAGGUGCACGCUGGGAGCGGCCUCAGGAUGGGCUGCAGCAGGGGGACGGCAACAGAGGCCUGAGCUGCCAUUCAGUUCACGAGUCCACCCCUGCUCUGUCCCGGUGUGAGCCCUCCGCUGACCUUGAGCUCCGGGCUAGGCCUAUCUUGCUUGCCCUCACCAGGCAGUGAGCCACCCCCCCAGCCUCACGAGGCCUGUGUCACCCCCAGCAACGGACUGGGGCAGCUGGAUCGGGACGCAGCUCUGCCUGCUCCCGACCUGGGUCACAGAAUACUGACCCCGGAGAAGUCCAGACCCUCCUCCCAGACCCCACACACGCUACCUCCUGUGGCUAAAGAGGUUGGCGUUAUGGGAUGGCAUUUAGAGUCUGGAGGCGGGGCCGUUCUCUGGAGGUCGCAGUUGGGGAAAUCCACUGUGGUGGCGGGCCAGGGGCCCAGGGACGCGGGAGCCGCCAGGAGCUGAGACAGGCAAGGAGCCCGCAGAAGGAGGCGGCGCUGCCCACACCCGACGUCACCUGCCCAGGUGCCGCGCCUCGCUGCUUUCUGAGGCCACCAGGCUUGCAGCAGCUUCUCACAGCCUCCCGUCCUUGCUGGCUUCUGUGACCCUGGAGGAAAGGACUCCAGCGCUUGAGGGGAUGCUGCCCCUUCCUCCGGUGUCUCUCCGACAUCUGCCGCCCGGACCCCUCCCGGCCAGAUGGGCGCGUACCCGACAGACCUGACCUUGCAGUUGCUGGCCAUGCGGAGGAAGAGUGGGCUGCUGGACCCCGGUCUGCAGCAGGCCCUGCGGGCCCGGCUCCGCCUGCUGGAGAGCGACAGCGGGGAGGUGGCCCGCACGCUGGGGGAGCUCUCAGCCCGGCUGCUGUCCAUCCACAGCGACCAGGACCGCAUUGUGGUGACCUUCAAGACUUUCGAGGAAAUCUGGAAGUUUUCCACCUACCACGCUCUUGGUUUCACUCAUCACUGCCUGGAAAACCUGCUGGUGGACCAGGCCUUCUGGCUGCUGUCGCCUGCUGACGAUGAGGAGACGACCGUCCAGGUCCACGUGGAUGAGGAGGCGCUGAGGCUGACGCACGAGGGCCUCCUGGUCCAGGAAGGGCCUUUCUUUGUCCGGUGUCCUGACCUCUACGUGAGAGCCACAACUGUGCCCCAGGGUGCAGGGAGGGGCCCCCAGCCCCUCAGGUGGGCUUCAGGGGCUUCCCUGGGAGAGGCAGCCCCGGCGGCCAGCUCUUCGGGUCCCAGCACACCCACCGAGGCCGUGGCCGCGUCUGCAGGGGAACCUUUGAUUCCGUUUCAUCAGUGGGCUCUCCGGGUCCCCUGGGACCCCUUCGAGGACUCUGUGGGUGGACCAGUGACGCCGGACAGCCAGCAGAUGGCUGUGGGCCUGGCCUCCGCAGUGGCCGACUACCAGGGCUCCGGGCCUGAAGAGAUGACCUUCCGCAGUGGCGACCUCAUCGAGAUCCUGGGCGCCCAGCUGCCCGGCCUGCCCUGGCUCCUGGGCCGGCACGUGUCCUCGGGCCAGGUCGGGUUUGUGCGGACGAGUCUCAUCCGUGUGCAGGGCCACAUGUCUGAGCUGGACAGCGCAGUCUUCCUCUGCGAGGAGGAACGGGCCUUCUUCAGCGAGGCGGGCCGCUUCUCCGAGGAGGACGCGGCGCGGCUGCUGAGGAGGCUGUCGGGCGCGGACGUCUGUUCGGUGUAUAGCCUGGACACACUAGGGGAAGCCGAGGCCGAGCCGCCAGAACAACAAGAAAUGCCUCUGCCUGGCCUGCACCUAGAGCCACAUGAGACCCUGCAGAAGGUGAAGAAUGUUCUAGAACAACGAAAGUCCUGCCCCAGCUGCCCUGAGGAGCCAGUGUCUUGGGGUCUCCACACGGUGUCCAGCGGCGUGAGCUCGCCAGACGCCGAGGAGCCCUCCUUCUGCCUGGACGCCGAGGAUGCCUGGGCCGACCCGGAGGCCCUGGGCUCACUGCUGCGGUUCCUGGACGCCCCCGGGCACGAGGCCGGCUUCCAGGGCCUGUACGACCUCUCCCUGCCGGCGCUGAGCACCAUGUUCCGUGGCUUCGCCGACGAGGAGGAGCUGGCUGGGCGCCUGGCGCAGGCCCGGGGGGUGGCCAAGAAGGAGGACUUCCCCCUGGCCCUGGGCAGGCUCUGCUUCCUCCUGGGGCGGCUCUGCGUGCGGAGGCUCAAGCUGUCCCAGGCCCGAGUGUACUUCGAGGAAGCGCUGGGUGCCCUGGGGGGCCACUUCGGCGACCUCUUCCUGGUGGUGGCCCUGUAUGCCAACCUGGCCACCAUCCACCUGAAGCAGAAGAACAGGGAGAAGUGUGGGCAGGUGGUGCCCAGAGCCGCUGCCCUGCUCAUGGGGACAGCCGGCCAUGUCUGCAGCACCGGGGCAGAGGCAGAGGUCCUGAGACUCGCCCUGCGCAGGGCCAUCGGCAGCCGCAGCCUGCAGGCUGAGGCCCGGGCCUGCUUCCUGCUGGCCCGGCACCACGUGAGCCUCAAGCAGCCCGAGGCGGCCCUGCCCUUCCUGGAGAGGCUGCUGCUCCUGCACGGGGCCUUGGGGGCCCCGGAGGCCCUGUGGCUGGCGGACGGCUACCUGCUGCUGGCAGACAUCUACAGCCGGCAGUGCCUGCCCCACCUGGCCCUGAGCUGCGUCAGGGUGGCCUCGCUGCGGACGCAGGGCUCGCUAGCCAGCUCGCUCAGGAGUGUGGACCUGGUCCUGCGGAACACCCCCCUGCUGCCCCGCCUCCCCGCCCAGAUCGCUCACUACCUCAGGCAGGCGCUGGCCGCCACGGCCUCAAGCGCAGGGCCGGCCCACCGCGGCAGCCUCUGCGCCAGCCUGGCCCGGCUGCACGGCCACCACGGGCAGCACGGCAGGGCCAUCUCCGCCAUGCUGCAGGCCGUGGAGGCUCAUGCCACGGCGGGUGGCGGCCUGCUCGUGGACCGCCUGGUGGCCCUCGCCCGGCUGCACCUGCUUCACAGGCAGAACUCGGUGGCCCUGCAAAUCCUGGAGUCUGUCCUGGACGCAGCAGUGGCCAGUGCGGACCAGGAGGGUGCGAUCGCCAACAUGGCAGCCAUCGCCCUGAAGAGGAUGGGCAGGACCCGGCAGGCGGCCGAGAGCUACUACCGCGCCCUGCAGGUCGCCAAGGGCCAGGGCCAGCCGCGGAACCAGGCAGUGGUCCUGGCCAACUUCGGGGCACUGUGCCUGCAGGCCGGGGCCAGCAGGCUGGCCCAGCACUACCUCCAGGAGGCCGUGUGGCUCUUCUCACGGCUGCCCGGCAGGGAGUGUGGCCGGGACUUCACCCAGGUGCUCCUGCAGCUGGGGCAGCUGCACAUCCACCAGGCCCUCACCCAGCAGGGCAAGUGCUACUACGAGUGGGCCUUUCUGGUCGCCGUGGAGAUGGACCACGUGGAGAGCCAGCUGCGUGCCGUCCAGCGGCUGUGUCACUUCUACAGUGCGGUCAAGCCCAGGGCGGCCCAGUGCGUCGUCUACCACGAGUUCCAGCUCGCACUGGCCCGGAGGGUGGCUGACAAGGCGCUGGAGGGGAAGCUCCUGGAGACCAUCAGCCAGCUCUACCUGUCCCUGGGCACUGAGCGGGCCUACAAGUCGGCACUGGACUACACCAAGCGCAGUCUGGGGAUAUUCAUUGACCUCCAGGAGAAGGAGAAGGAGGCAUACGCCUGGCUGCAGGCUGGGAAGAUCUACUACCUCCUCCAGCAGAACGAGCUGGUGGACCUGUACAUCCAGGUCGCUCAGGAUGCGGCCCUGUACACGGGGGACCCCAACCUGGGGCUGGAGCUAUUUGAGGCAGCUGGAGACAUCUUCUUCAACGGGACCUGGGAGCGAGAGAAAGCCGUUUCCUUCUACAGGGACCGGGCGCUGCCACUAGCUGUGACCACAGGGAACCAGGAGGCAGAGCUUCGGCUGUGCAACAAGCUGGUGGCACUGCUGGCGGAACUGGGGAUGGCGCAGGAGGGCCUGGAGUUCGCCCACGUGGCCCUGGCUCUCAGCAUCUCCCUGGGGGACGGUCUGAAUGAGCGGGUGGCCUACCACCGGCUGGCCACCCUGCACCACCGGCUGGGCCACGGCGAGCUGGCCGAGCACUUCUACCUCAAGGCGCUCUCGCUCUGCCGCUCGCCGCUGGAGUUCGACGAGGAGACGCUGUACUACAUCCGAGUGUACCUGGCGCUCGGAGACAUCACCUUCUACCAGCUGAAGGACCCGUUCGACGCAGCCGGGUACUACCAGCUGGCGCUGGCGGCGGCCGUGGACCUGGGCCACAAGAAGGCCCAGAUGAAAAUCUACACACGCCUGGCCACCAUCUACCACAACUUCCUGCUGGACCGAGAGAAGUCUCUCUUCUUCUACCAGAAGGCCCGGGCCUUCGCCUCUGAGCUCAACAUCCGCAGGGUCAACCUGGCCCCCCAGCACCGCUGGGGGCGGGCACCCUGGCUGGCCUCCGGCCACCCGCCCUGAGGGCCCGUCCUCUGGGAGUGGGGCCUGGUGGCUCAUUUUCUGGGAAACAAGGUGGGGGGGCCGAGCAGCACUAAACGUUCUUGCAGUCAGCUCCUCGAGUCCGCAGGCAGCGCCCAGGGCCAGGCCCUGUCCAGGGGGCCACGCUGCUGCUGCGCCCUGCCCUCAGGUAUAAGUGGGGGGCCAUGAGUCCAAGGCACCCAGGCCAGGUCCAACGGCAGCCACUCAGGGUGUGGCCUUGGGCAAGUCACUCUCCCCCUCCCUUCCCAGAGCCCUCACUGCGCUCUGCCUUUCACCUCCAGGUGUCCCUGUGAGGUUGGGGCCGUUGUGGGCCCCUUUUACAGCUGAGAAAACAGAGGGCCAGAGAGGGCAGGUGCCUCGCCCACGGGCACACGGCACAACGGUUGGCACCAAGCCCCAGAGAUCAGCGCGGUGAGCAGGUUAGCACGUCAGGGUCCGCCUGCCUGGAGGAAGGCUGGAGGCCUGCCGCCCACCCCGGCCCCACCCGCCUGCUCCCACCAGCCCAGGGUGAGAACCCCAGCAUCCUCACUGAAAUCCUCCUCCAACUUCCAGACAGGGAGCCCCAGGCCCAGGGGGGCGUGUCCAGGUCCUUGUCGCCCACAGGGCGCUUCUGUUCUUAACUUAUUUUGUGAAUGAGGCGGAAUUGACACAACAUAAAACCAACCUCUUCAAGUGACAGGCUCAGUGGCACUGUUCCGAUUCGUGAUGCUGAGCGGCCACCACCCCUGUGUGACACGGGCCUCAUCCCAAGGAAGCCUGCACCCAGGAAGCAGUUACUUCUCAUCCCCUCUCCCCAGAGCCUCUGUUCACAAAAGGGGAGACCAAGGCCGGGAGGGGGCUCACUGGUGUGGGCCGAGUGCUGGUUUCGUCCUGGGUCUGGGUGUGCACCCGGGACAGGUGGUGGAGCCCAGGGGCCCAGUGGCAGGGAGCAGGGGAGAUCCAUCGUUACUCCUCUGGUCCUGGGGUACCUGGAGCCCCAGAACCCGGCCCAGAGCUGAAGGCCUCCCACCAGGGGGCAGCAGAGAGCUUUCCAGAACCCACACCCAGGGGAAGGAGCCCGUCCCUGCAGAGUUGCUGACAAAGCUAACCCUGACCCCAGUCCGCCUUCUCCAUGGCUGGGCUGAAAGUGGGGAGGAGGCCACACUGCAGUGGACAACAGGAGGCCUGAGGAAGCGCCUGUCACAGUAGCCCCGGGGACACAGAUCCCUGAGGCCUGCGACCGGCCAGCCAGCACCCCAGUCCUGGGCCUGCAGCCACUCGGGUGGGGUGGGACCCGCAGCAGGUCACCCAUAGACCACCCGCCUCGGACAGCGUGGCCUCGGCACCCGCACCCUCCCCAUCUGGCCACAGCCCCCAGUGCACUUCAGGCACUGGCCUCCCGGGCCCCCAGUGCCGUCCUGGAGGUCCAGGGGGGAGGCUCAGUCGUCCACACCCCGGGGUCAGAUUCCAGCCCCCCACUUGCAGGUGGUGGGAUCGGUGGGGACAGAGUUUAUUUCUCCCAGUGCCAGCUGGUGACGCUGACAGGAGGCGGGCAGACCCUGCACCGGGUUGAAGCGAGGACCUCAGCAGCCGGCUUGGCUCGGCUCGGCAUAGAUCCCAGCUAAUCGCGGCCUGGUUCCUAGAAUGAUACUUAUUUCUGUGGAAAGGGCGCGGGCAAACGCGGCUACAGAGCACGAGACCCAGGGCUGCCUUCCUCUGGCCGAGUAGCUUAACCACUUAGACCCCUCGGUCUCUUCUUUGGUAACCUGUCUGUCACCAAAGACAAACCGCACCUCCAGGCUCUGAGGAUGAAGAGAGACUGUGUGCUGGGCACAGAGAGACCUCGAGACAUUGGGCAGCCAGCCCCCCGUCUGUGGCUGAGGUGAGGGGUGGGCAGGUAGAGGCCGGGGCUUGAUGGGCUGGGCCCAGGCCCCCAAGGUCAGGACCCCGGGCAGCAGCCCCAGAGCCCUCUUUUCAGCAGAGUGGCCGUGAGGGGGGCACAUGCCUGGCACUGAGUCGGCACUCAGCCCCGUGCCCUAUGGGCACCAAAUCCAGAGCCCCACCGGGGGUUACCGGGCAGGUUUUAGGAGAAGGUGCCAGUGUCUUAACUCAGUCACCUUCCCAUACUGGCUCACUGCACACCUACUGCGUGCAAACUCAUCAACGACUGCAGGCCAGGGCACUGGGGCCCCUGUGGAGAACUCCCGGGGGAGCCCCUAAGAUGGCACAAAAUCACACUCAUUGCGGGGGGGGGGUCUGGGGAAGCUCUGCCACCCACCUCCCCCAGCAGCAGGGAAGCACCCGGCCUGGAGUCACGCUGCUCCUGACCGAGGGGCACUGGAGCGCCAUGCAGUCUGGCUGUCUGCACCCUCCGUCUCUGCUCCGACAUCAUCCACGGGGCCAGUGUGAGCCAACCCAAGGCGGCUUCUGGAUUGGAUAAGGAGACCAUAGCUCAGAGAGGGAGUGUGACUAUCCCCAGGACACACAGAAUCACUGGCUGUUAUUAUCACUAUGGGGGUGUGAGGAGGUGGACGUUCCUCUCUGUGGAGAGGGGGUUUCUCUCCCCGAUCCCCCCACUGGUGGGCUUCCUGGGAGACGGGAGGUGGGAACGCCUCUGGGAGAAGUGAGCUCCCCAUCGGUGGAGGAGUUCAAGUGGCCACAGAGGGUGUCCCACAUGGACAGAGAGGUGCAUCUAAGUGACCCUGCGAGAGUGCAGGGCGGGGCGUCAGGGGGCCCCCAGGGCUCCAGGCGGCACCGUCCAGGACCCCAGUGGCAUCUGGGGACAUUGUGGUAGUGGUUGCUAGUGCCCUGGGCCCAGGCGGGGGACUGUUGGGCGCAGGACAUGUCCGCAGUGGGGUGGGUGGGUCCCGGCCAGGCCAGGCUGUGCCUCUCUGGCAGUGUGGCCUGGGGCCCCGCAGAAGGCGUCCUUCCUGUGGCAGGGGCCUGCCCUCUGGGCACCUGGAUUUCUGGGCCUAUAGCAGGGUAGCGGUCCCUGCCAGGCUAUUAAGAAGAGGAGCGCCUGGCCGUUGCCCCCAGGGUGGUUAAACUCACGGGGCUGCUGCGAAGGCAGGAAUAAAAACACUGGCGCGUUCCGACCCAGGCGGAAGGCAGGACGCUACCCGGGCUCUUUAUAACCCUCCCUGGAGCGUGGGUGGGAGGGAACGUCUGGGUUCCCGCACGUGGGGAGGGAGAGCGUUUGCAGGAGGGAGUGAAGUCUCUCACCAGUUGCCUGUUACUUAAACGAGAUGCCAUCCAGGUGGGCCUGACCUGGUCAGGUGAACCCUUUAGGAGGGGCCAGGCUUCCCAGCUGGGAGAGCGGUGCGGCCACAGACCUUCUCCCACGGCCUCCAAGAGGCCCACAGCCACGGGACGAGCUUCCUAUGGGGGGCGCCCCGAGCAAGAGGCUGAGCAGUGUGGCCAGCGGCUCCCAACACCACGUGGGCCUCAGUCCUGCAGCAGCAGGGAUGGAAUCUGCCAGCCACCAGGAGGCCUGACUCUCGGGGGUCAUCACAGCCCCAGCAGUCCCUCAGUCGCAGCCUGCGGAGACUCUGAGCAGAGAGUGGGGCCCCGACUCCGGAUCCACAAACACUGAGAUAAUAAAUGGUGUUGUUUUCAGCUGUUAA